AAACCUCCUUCCUUCCACAAAACCAUCACUAUGACAUUGAUCCGUUUGUUAUAAUUUCUAUGGUGUAUACUGUAUACAUAUAUUUAUAUAUUAUACAACAAAAUUGUUUAUAUAUUUUUUUGUAUUUUACCUUUUUAAUUUUUUACUCUGUAGAAUUGGGCAAAAGAAUAUUUUUAAAUAAACAUUAAAGAGCAAUACUACCACGAAUCAUUCGAGAUGAUUAAAUAUGAGAAUUAUAAUGUGUUGUGGGUUCCUCACUGGAGACAUGAAUCUAAUCGGUUACCAAAUUGGGAAUUGAUUAAAUUAGGGUUAAAUUUGUCAAAUCUAUCAAAAUAGAAGGUCUUAAUACAAAAAAUGGAAAACAAACGUCUAACAAGUGGUGCGAUUAAUUGAACGCGCCAGCUUCAGAUCACCUGAACCACACAACAUACGCACACACACAGACUGACGAGACUGCAAAACGCUGCACAGCCAUCUUCCCUCUGUCUCUCUGUCUCUCCCUUUCUCUCUCUGGAAUCCUCCUAUGCAUUCAUAAGAAUAGUGAUGAGCAAUUCGAAUAAAAACUCUACGCCUUCGUCGUCGUCGUCAAUGGCAGCGAAUUCGACGCCGACGGACAGUUCCGGUAAGAAGGUACGGAAGCCCUAUACUAUUACCAAGUCCAGAGAGAGUUGGACUGAAGAAGAACACGAUAAGUUCCUUGAAGCUCUUCAAUUAUUUGAUCGUGACUGGAAGAAAAUCGAAGACUUUGUUGGUUCCAAGACAGUAAUUCAGAUACGAAGUCAUGCCCAAAAGUACUUUCUAAAGGUCCAAAAGAACGGAUCAAUAGCACAUGUUCCACCACCUCGCCCCAAACGCAAGGCCACACAUCCAUAUCCACAAAAAGCUCCCAAAAAUGUUUUAUUGCCACUUCAAGCAUCAUUGGGGUAUCCAUCUUCCCUGAGUGGGCUUGCAUCUGGAUACUCACCAUGGGAUCAUGACACCUCCCUGCUUUUGAGCCCAUCUGGUCGAAUCUUACCACCACAAGAUGAAAUUGAAUAUGAUCUCCAUGGAUAUGAAGGCAUGCAUGCAUCUGACACUGGAUCGAAGGGGACAGGAAGGAGUAGUGGUAUAGGAAGCUCAAAUAGAGAAAUGCCAAGUUCUGAACAAGGUUCUGUCCUCUAUGGUACACCGGAUUUCUCUGAAGUUUAUAGCUUUAUUGGAAGUGUUUUUGAUCCAGAGAGUAAAGGGCAUGUGCAGAAACUGAAGGAGAUGGAUCCUAUAAACUUUGAAACAGUGUUACUGUUGAUGAGAAACCUGACAGUGAACUUAUCAAGUCCAGACUUUGAGCCAAUGAGAAAGAGCCAUAAUUACUAUAUAUAUGUAAACUACAAAUGAGAAUGGCAUGCACAAAGAUCAAGAAAGUCGCAUCCCAAAUAUCAUCGCAUGUGAAGAUGGUCAUAUAACUCAUAUGGUUAGGGCUACGUUUUUUUUUUUUUUGGCAUAUGGUCCUUCUUCUUCUUGUAUUUUUUUUAAUGUUAUGGUUUCGUGAGUUGUAUAUUUGUAAGAGUGGUGUUGCUACAAAAAGUGACAGAGGGAGAAGUAAUCCAUAGGAAUAAUAAAUAAUCAAAAGAAAAAAAUUGUCUUGGCAAACCAACUUAACCGUUUUUUUAAUGGAAAAGGAACUUUUGGCAUACUGACUAAUCAUUUGCUGCAAACAUACAACUUCAACUUUGGUGUCAUACAAAGUGUCACCCAUCCAAAUGUGAAAGCUAUAAAAACAGAACAUGGUAUGAAUUUUAAGACGGUAAUUGACAAGAAACAUGUUAUGAUUUUCACAAUGAUCCAAAAUAAAUUUACAUCCUCAAUAUGUUUUUGAGACCCUUAAGAUAAUAGAGGUUGUAACAUGGUUGAUCUCUUAAAUUGCAUAGUAUUUUAAAAUGUGACAGUUAUGAACCUAAAUUGAUAACGAUUUGUUUUCUAGAUAAUUAUUAUAUUAAUAAUGUUAUGAAAUAUGUUAUUGCAAUAAUUCAAUUUGUCAUUAGUUUUUAUUAGUGCUGUAUAUGUAUCCAACUAUACGUGAUUAUAGUUGGGCCUAUUUUGGGCCUUUUUGUAUAAGUCUAUAUCAAAC